AUGACAGAAGGGAUGAUGUAUGGUAAGAGAUACAUCAGAAUCUUGUCUUUAGUGGCAGUUCUCUUGAUCACAACUAUCGUCAUCUUAAUCUCUAAGGGUUAUCAGUUAGACGAUAUUGUUCAAGAACCGCUAACACGAUUCGAGAAGGAGAAAAGCAAUCCUAUUAGCGAUGUUAAGGUGGCGCCAGAGAACCAUCACCAUAGUGAUUCGAAGCCAGAUAUUGAAGAGAAUAAUGACGGACCUAAAGAUGUUCAAAGACCAGCUGAGGAGGCUCAAGUUAUCAAAGAUAUCUCGUUCCCUCUAAGCCUACAAUUGAUGGAGCCGAAUACAUAUAAGAGCGCGUCGUUAAAAACAUACUUCCACAGUAUAUUCUAUAAAGGUGAACAGUCCUUGGAAACUUUCACUGAAGCUCAAAAAUGUGAAAGACUUAAGUAUGAGUCACAACUAGAGUUGUCGGAGCAGAAAUAUUUGGAGGCGAACUUCAAUAAGGUGAGAGAUGCUAUUAAAGAGAAUGAAUUGUAUGACCGGAUGCUCAAGGCAGCAACUAAAGAAUUUAAACCCUCGAUUCCUAGUGAAAAGCAAUGGUUUAGGUUUGCUGGAUCGUCGGUUUGGCUCUCUGAACACAAAGUACAUUUUAUGGUAAGCAGAAUUAUGUGGUCUCCCUCUGGAAUUCCUAACAAAGCUUUCGCGAGUUUUCUAUAUAUUCAGUUAUUUGAUGAAGACUGGAACGAGUUACCAGAGAAAACUUUAAAGAUUCCGUAUGAGAAGUUAGUGACUGAGCAGAACGUGAACGCAAAGGGUAGUAUAGAACUGAAGAUAGUUGAUAGAAAAAUUGCAUAUAGGGAAGCCAAGUUUCCUUCAUUUUUACCCAUUACGUUUGAUUUCAGUCUCCGUACACCAGACCGAAAGUACUAUUGGGGUCCAGAGGAUCCCAGGAUCCUACUUCGGAGAAACCCUCUUGGGUUCGAUGAACCUUUAAUAGUUUUCAACUUGAAGGAUGUGAAGUUGAUCAAAAGAACGAUGCAUAUGUUUUUGCCAUUUUCUAGUAAGUUUAGCAUCUUCAAGAAGCGGAACGAGCCAUACGCAAAUAUUGAAAAAAAUUGGACUCCAUUUUUCAGCUCACCGAGGGAUGCGGAGUCAAAAAACGAUGGAUUCACCCACUUGAAUUUUAUCUAUUCACUAGAGCCACUCGAAGUUUUGAAGUGCGAUAUUGAUACAGCAAUUUGUGACUUUUUGCAAAAGCCGGAAAAAUCAGACUUUAAUUACGUUGGGCCCUUAAGAGGUGGUACGCAGCUCGUACAAUUACCCUCUAGUAGGUUCGUACUGAAUGGUAUAACUAACGCAUUCCAAAUUCCAGAAAAUAGACGCAUCUAUGUUGGAUGGGCAAGAACUCAUCUUAACAAAUGUGGUUGUGGUGAGUCUAUGUAUAGGCCAAAUUUAAUCAUAUUGACCGAAGAUUAUAAUCCAAGUGACAAGAAAUACUCCUACAACAUUAGAGAUGUAUCGGAAUAUUUCGAUUUCAAUGCAAUAGUGCCUCCAUGGAUAACGCCCGAAUUGGAUAAAAGCGGUAAUUUGAUUGAAAAAAGCCCCAAACAGUGUGAAGGAAGAAACGUUUUAAUACCCAAUUCCAUUGCAUAUUGGGAUAUUGAUUCUGUACGCAAAGGUGAUCUGAUCUAUGGACGUGGAGAUUUUGCCACGUUUAAAGAUCAAAACGUAUUAGAUGCCGAGACAGUUAUCAAUGACUAUAUGGGAGUCACGUUGUCUGCAGCCGAUAGUGAUGUCAGCAUAGUCCAAGUCAAAGGACUUUUAAACUACAUACUCAAGCUCCCAGGAUUAUUUGACAAGUCAGACCAAGAUCGCGAUGAUAGUUUAUAUGACUCGAAUAUAAACCAAAGAUGUGCCGAGUUGGCCAGCGUUGAAUAUUGCUUAAAAUAUGCUGAAAGAAAUGGAGGAGUUACAAAGUAUUGA